CUCUAUCUCUGUUCCUCUCGCAGGCGCAGACGCAGACACAGAUUCAGAUUCAUUCAAAUCUGCAUUUUCAUGGGAAAUGCCGUGUCGCCGUGUUGGCACCACCAACGGAGCUCCAGAUCACAGGUCAAGCUCGUCUUCUGGGAGGGAGCGACGAGGACGCUGACCGGCAAGCACGUCGCCGGCGAGAUCAUGUUCGAGUUCCCGGACAAGAUGGUGUGCCACGCGGGCUCCUUCUUCCUCGGCCGCCCGAUCCCCGCCCUCGCCCUCGACGACCCCCUCGUGCGCGGCGAGACCUACUUCGUCCUCCCCCUCGACUGCUUCCCCAGCCACGGCAGCGCCGCCACCCUCUCCGCCUCCUCCCUCGCCGCGCUGGGCUCCGGGAGCCCCAGGCCCGGCCCCAUGAGCUUCGGCGGAGGCGGCCCGUUCGAGUACAUCAAGGGCGAGGACGGGCGGGUCUCGAUCAAGGUCGUGCCGGAGUUCAUCGCGAGGCUGAUCACGAGAGGGAAAGGGAUCGACGGCAGCGGCAACGGGAAUGGCAACAACGGUUCGGUCAGCCCGUGCAGCGGCCCGCUCUGCAGCACGCCGGAGCUGCAGAAGCAGUACGAGCAGCUGGUCGGGGCGAGGGAGCAAGUGUGGUCGCCGAAGCUCGAGACGAUAUCGGAGUACAAGAAGAUCAGGUAUUCGCCGUGCCGGUUCAUGGGAUUGGAGUGGAAGCAAAAGGAGAAGGAAGGUUAACAUGUGCAUGUCUAUGUGUAGUG